AUGAAAUGUAUCGAAAAUUUACAACAGAAAAGAUUAGUUAAUUAUGUUAAAAAUGUUACGAAAAUUGGUGUAUGCAGUCAAGGUGUUUAUGAUCCUCAAACUGUUCCACCAGUACCUGGGAAACCAAUUGUUAAACAAGUCGAAAAUCCUAUUCAGUUACAUUCAAAUGGUAAAUUCUAUACACAUUUAGAUCGUUCCAAUAUUUUAUCAAGUGAACAACAUAAUCAGUUAGAAUUAGAUUGGCCAAAUUAUUAUAAUUUAUCAAUUAGUGAGCAUAAUCCAAUUGUAUUUCUUAUUCAACUUCGAAUGUAUUCAACUGUACAAACAUUAAAUUCCCCUUUACAUAAAUCCAUUAAUAGUGUAUCAUUUUUACCAUUGAAUAAUUUCAUUGAGUCAUCACAACCAAAUGAAUAUCUAUUUGACAAAUGGACAAACUUAAUUUGGACUACAAAACUUGGAGCAGUUCUAUCUGAUCUUAAUCCAGGAACGUGGUAUCAGUUUCGUUUACUAGCUAUUUCAAGUGAAGGUUUUGGAGGAUGGGGUGAACCGAGUGAGGCUAUUCGUACACAAGUUCAGUUAAUUCCACCAUCUCGACCUCGAAAUCUCACUGAAAUACGAUCAAGAAUUUUCGAAAAUCAUGUAGAUAGUACAAUUCAUUGGGAUAUUCCAGAGGAAAUAAUGUUCCCGCUCAAAAAGUAUCAGAUAAUAUGGCGUCAAUAUUAUGCAUUUAAUGGAGAAGACAGAAGUUCAUUAACGGAAUACACAGCAAAUGUACCUGGGGAUAAAACAGUAUACUUAAUACAAAAUCUUAAACCAGGAACGACGUAUAAGAUUGAAGUAAAAGCGGUGUCACUUUUUGAAGGAAUAGAAAUGAAAAGUCAUCCGGCCACACUUUAUAUAUCUACAAUACAAAUUCCAUCACAACAAACAGAAGCAGUAUUUACAACUUCCAUACCAACAAAUGAAAGCUAUAGAGAACAGUUUAAUUUAACUACUCCAAUAGCAAAUAUCAUUUACAUGAUUGAAUGGAUGCCACGAGUUUGUAUUGAAACACAAAAUCAAACGAAUACAGAAUUUAUUGGAACACGAAGAAAAAGAAUAGCAGAAUAUGAACUAAGAAAUAUACUUCUAACUGAUUUGCAAUUUCAAUGUCAUUAUGAAGCUAGUGUAUUUAUUAUGCUAAAUCAUCAUAAUAAAACUAGUAGUAUCAGUAUGAAUAAUCAUUUAACAAAUAACAAAUCUCCUAUCUUAUUUAAAUGGACUACUUGUUUUUGUACACCAGCAUGUCAAAAUGUUGUGAUCAGAGAUAGUGUAACUCCGAAACAUUGUUAUCUUCAAACUUCUUCAUCAAUACUUCAACCAGUUGAAUUAACAUACACUUUAUUAAGUAAUGAAAACUCAAUGGAUCUACGUCGUUUACAACAGAAUCAAAUGGAUGAAUUCAUAGUUGUGGCUGAAGCCAAUGGACCAUAUUUAUCCAAAAAAACAAAUAUAAAAUCGAGUUUAGACACUGUCAACUACACUGCUAUUGUCACAUGGCAUCCUGUUACAUCUACUGGACAUCCAAAAAGUGAAUCAAGACGUUCAUCGAGAACACUGAAAAAUCGUACACCAAGUAUAAAAACUACAAAUCCAGAAAUACGUGGUGUUCGAUUAACUUGGGGUCCAAGAUUAUACGAACCAAUAGAAUAUGAAGUGUACAGUAAUAUUAUUCAACCUCUUAUGGAUCCAGAAAAAACUCAGUCUAAAGUUUUAGAUUUAAAUGUCCCCGGUCUUCAGCUUAAAGGGCUUAAGCAAGAAACAUUAUACAUUGUUCAAGCUCAAAUGAUUAGCGAAAAAGAAGAUGGACCAAUUUCAACUAUUUAUUUCAUGACACCAACUAACAAGAAUAAUGCACUGCGCAAUUAUCAGUCUGUUCAUGAAAAGAAUAUAAACCUUAUAUCCAUCAUUAUUCUACUUCAAUUCAUCUAUAAUAUUGUAUAA